AUGGGAAAGAAAGUGGCCAUUAUAGGAGCUGGAACUAGUGGCCUUCUUGCCUGCAAGUACACACUUUCAAAGGGCUUUCAGCCCAUUGUGUUUGAAUCUGCAAGCACCAUUGGAGGAGUUUGGACCAAAACUAUUGAGACCACCAAGCUCCAAACUCCUAGAGAAGCUUACCGAUUCUCAGAUUUCCCAUGGCCAUCUUCUGUGACAGAGGACUUUCCUAACCAACAUCAGGUUUUGGAUUACAUCAAAUCAUAUGCUCACCAUUUUGACUUGCUUAAGCAUCUCAAAUUCAACACCAAAGUGUGUGGGAUUGAGUAUGAAGGCCACUCUGAGGAUGAGAUGCAAGCUUGGAGCUUGUGGGGUGGCUCUGGAGAGCCUUUCAGCUCCAAAGGGAAAUGGAAAGUUGUAGUAGAAGACAAACAAAGCCUUUCAACUGAGAUAUGGACCAAUAUUUCGGACUAG